AUGUCUAUCUCGAGGGCUUUCACAACCAGAAAGUCGAGAGCAGCGAACGAGAGUACACCUGAAAUGCCAAAGAGAUCCCUUACUACGAAGCACUCGUUAUCUUCCUCUGGAACGAUCAGGCACAAGAUUUCGGCCCCUAUUGAGCUCAUUUCGACAACCAAUAUGCUCUCUUACAAUGCUCCGGACAUAUUUCCCAGUUCAUCUUCUACUUCCUCGAAUUCUGGCGAUGAUUCUGAUAGAUCACCUUCAAGUUCGUCAACACCAUUAACUUCACCAGAUACCUCGUCGAUCGAGUCGUCUUCCCCAACUUCACCGCAGCCAAAUCAUCUAUCAUGCUACUUCAGUGCUGCUUCGCGGCAGAGUGCUUCGAGUGAUGGCGCCCCAACGAUUCCCUCAAGAGCGCCAAGCCAUACGAAGAAGAAUUCGGAAAUCAUCGCCAAAAAACGGUCCAUGUCUCGAGUAUCUGGGUCGACUGGAUCGAGGGGGGAAAACAGCACAUCCACAGCUCGAUCCUCAAUCAACAUGUUCUCUUCACACGUUGAUACUGUGGACUCACACUCUCAUCCCUUCGGCAAAGAACUAGCUCAAGUUUCCGAGAUUGCAGAGGAAUAUGGCAUCAGCAAGGAGAAGUUGGCUGUGGUGGACGAGGAAGAACAAGAGCUGGUAUCUCGUGGACUUCUCAAGUUCCGGGCAGACGACUACAUCAGCGAAAUCCAGGGAUUGUUCAUGAGCGCUUUCGCCGACAGCCGACCUCCUAUGUCAUCGAUGUGGAUCUAG